AUGAAGUCCAGUCUCGGCUGUAAGGUGUACGGCUCGCUGCUGGCGCUGGCCUACCUGGAGGCUGUCGUCUGGACGUCCUGCGUGUUCUUGACCUUCGUCUUGGCGACUACCGCCGCGGACUCCCACGAGUACCUCAUCCGGGAAACGGUGAACUUGAAGUGCGUCGGAGGCCAGGUGCUGUCAAGCCAGGUGGCGAAAAGAACCGAGAUCCAUGAGACAGAAUUGUUCACCUGGGUCGAGUCCCGCUGCCGUCUGCGCCACAUCGAGUCCCUUGAGCAAGAGAAGCCUGAGUGCUCGUCGGAGCAGCGCAUUGGCUUGCGCUUAAUCUACGGGCCGGAAUACAAGGGUGUGCCAGCGCCCUCUGCUGGAGUGAAGGUGAUUUUGUGA